AUGGUAAACAUAAAAAGAAUAAUGUUCGGUGUUGGAAGAGAAAAAUAUUCGUCUUCAGAUGGUGAUUCCCAAGCUCAGUGGCGUAUAUAUGAGAGCAGGUGAUGGCGAGUCAAGCACUGGAACCUAGAAGCACAGCCAGGAAGAUGAGGACUUGCUUUCUACUACUGACGGGGACACUGCUGGCAGCCGCCGCCACCACACAAAAGCCACCAACGGUGUGCCCGCCGGAGGUCUCUGCCCUAUGCCCACCGGAAAUGGGGGAAUUUCCUGAGCUCUACGCUUACCCUGAUGAUUGUUCCAAGUUCUGCAAGUGCUCCUUAGAUGGUCUGGCCUGGGAGUACGACUGCCCCGGCACCCUUCUCUGGGACGAUGAACUCAAAACCUGCAAUUAUCCAGAAAAUGUGGACUGUGGCACGCGACCUGUUCCAUAAGAAGGGUUUCCAUCGUCCUCCUCCACACUCCAGCAGACUAAACCUUCACUCUCUAACAACCUUCACUACUGAUACCAGCUUUCAUUUCUCAGUACAUAUUUAGCAUAAUUUAUUUGCUUUGGUAAAUGAUUUAUAUUAAACUAUGUUGGUUUAUGAGUAGGAACAGCUCUCAGUUAUGUGAAGAGUGAUCGUGUUUAGAAAAACCUUUAUUUUCACUCUGUAGGAUAAUAAAGUUUCCCCCCUGACAA